GUACUGGCUAGAGCUUGCCACGCAUCCUACAGACCCGCGCGCACGGGAGGAUCAAGAUUAUGCGGGCUGGUACAAUCCAUACAUCAAAUGCAGAGUAGGAUAUGAUAUUCCGUCACAACGGUAUUAUCAUAUUCCACUUGAAUGGACGAAGCGCUACGGAGAAGAUCGUAAAAAUAUUGUAGUCUUGUUUGAAGAAUGGGGUGGAGAUCCACUUAAGAUUCGUGUGGCGCAGCGCGUGAGGUGUAAUUAA